AUGCCCCCAUUACCCGGUGAAGAGAGUGUGUUGACGGUCUUCGCCGACCUGCACUACUACUUUGCACCGCCCGUGCCGAAGCCUCUGAACCAUCGCUUUGACAAGGGCUCAUAUCUAUACAUCUACCGUGACACGAACAACAGGUCGCGCAUCGAGGUCGCCAAUAACCCAGGAACGGCCGACCAAGAUGCAUUCCAUGGGCCCCUAGACAGUAUCCAUGUGCGUCACUCGAUCAAAUUCCCAACUCUCUGCACGGUGGUCGUGGACUAUCAUCCGGCGCCCCAGCAACCACCAAAUGCGACUCCUCAGGACUGGCAGCUACCCAGCGUAGAGCCCCGGAGUGAUCAGCAGACCCGAGUUCGUCUGCACACGAUAGACAUCUACUUCUGGACCACGGAAGAUGCAACCCAGUUCCUCGACACGCUCGGCCGUGUCUUGCCUGUCGCCCAAAUCGAAUCGGAUCGGGUGGCCAGCGCACCGCAUACAGAGCAGCCGCUGAGCAGUGUAGUCCAGCAACUUGAAACCGUUGCCAUCUCCGACCCAGCGUAUCAGAAUGGACAGACACCUAAUUCGCGUUCUGAAAACGCACCGGUAGCGAUACCGACUUUCGCACCUCCUCCAACCAGUGGCCCAGAAAGUAGUAUGCAGCACGGCUCGACCGAUGAGAAAAAGCACGAUGCGAACUUCACUCCACUGGCUUAUAAUCCCGCAGCACCGGCAGCCCCAGAGCCAAUCCGACAUCGUGAAAAGACACCGCCGCCAGAAGACGGCACGGAGGGUACCGGACUCGCUGCCGCCGCGGCAGCCGACCACGGCGUGCCGUUCACGCCUCCAAACCAGGUCCCCGGAGCAUUCGCUCCCCCGCCCACUUCAGCUGCACCAGGACUCCCCUACUCCGGUCCCCCAACCGCUGCAGCAACAGGAUACGUCUCCCCACCACCAAGUGCAGGCUUGUCCCACCCAAUGCAGAGUCUCGGUCUACAAAGCCCCGGCUUACCUGCGUUUGCACAACCCUUUUCCGGACACGGAAGCCUAAAUCAACCCUGGAAUCCAGCCUCACCUCCAUCAGGGACAAUGUCCUUCGCCCCACCCCCGCAGGAUCCAAACGCCCAUCUAUACGGUCAGCAGAUGUACGGCAGUCCGCAGUCGCCGCCACAGUUUGGAACGGGACAUCCGCCUCCGAUAGGCGGGUACUCGAAUUACUCGUAUGAUCAGGCACAGGUGCCGCGCACGGGCACGGAAUACGGUGUCCAUAGCCAGGUGUAUCGGCCCACGGAGGCGGAGGCUGGACCGCACUAUCAGAAGGCUGCGCAGAAAGCUAUGAAGAAUCCGGGUCAAAAGCCACGGAAGCUGGAGGAAAGGGCGGAAUCUUUGGAGAGUGGGGUGAAUCGGUUUUUCAAGAAGUUGGAGAAAAAAAUUGGAUGA